AUGGAAGCAGCUCGGACAGCAGUGGAAGCCGACAGUGAUCAUGAUCUGAGAGUACCUUGCUAUUGCGAGGAAAAUGUGUGGAGAUUGGCUCAUCGCAUGACGCACCAGGAGGGAAACAAGGAAGAGCACCAAUAUCAUGUUGUUUUCGUAUCGAAUCCAACAAAAUGCGUCCCAAUGUUUCAACAACUCGCAAAUUCCAGUCCAUUAGAGCCGGUAUUUUGGGAUUACCAUGUCAUUUUACUUGAGACAUUGAAAGAUGGAACAAAAGUACUCGAUAUAGAUAGUCAUUUGCAGUACAAACUCUCCCUCAAAGACUACCUGAAAGCUGUCUUUCCAAAUUGGAACGAAUGGACACAAACUUAUCUUCCAUACUUUCGAGUUAUAGAAGCGUCCUUCUUCCUGAAAUCCUUCGCUAGUGACCGAUCCCAUAUGAUUAAUCCAGAAACGAAGGAAUGGAACGCUCAACCACCUCCUUAUCCAUGUAUACAAACAGAGACGAGUAAUAACAAUAUUUCCAAAUUCUUUACAGUGACAGAAGAAGAGUCGCAAUCCAAUGCCAAAAAUGAAGGCAGCGACUUUGGUGCAGUGUACUCGAUACAGCAACUAAUGGAACGAUAUCAAGUAUCAUAA